AUGGAUUCUUCUCCGAGCGUGCGGAAGCGUCUCAAGAGGUGAGUUGCUUGCUCUUCCUCCCCACCCCAACACCAGCUGAUUGAUCAAUCGCCAGGCUCCACGACGACGGUACCGAAUCCGAUUUCACGCUCGUCGUCGGUGAACGCGAAUUCAAGGUCCACAAGAUGGUCCUCUUCCUCCACUCCACCGUGCUGUAUGCACUUGUUACCAAGGUGUGUAAAGGCCGACUAGCGAUGGCAAUGUUCGGCAAUGUUGCUGACGCGUCUGUCCAGAACGAGGCUAGGGCUGAGCUGAAGGGAGUCGAGGCAGACCACGUCGCUGCCAUGGUCAAGUUCAUGUACUGCCAGACCUACGACCAACCGUCUGCUUCCCUGUACUUGUGGCAGGAGAACGCCGAGUUCGAAGUUGCUAUGAACGCCAUCGGCAACAGAUACAACAUUGCCGACCUGAGAUCAUUCGCGCAGCAGCGCUUUAAGGAUGCCCUGCCCUCCAAAGUCUUUCGAGAAUCUGGAAAGCCUAAGCAGCUGGCCGAGUUUUUGGAUAGGGCUAGCAGCAACUCGGACACCACGCAAGAAAUGCGCAACCUCAUUAUCCAUACGGCGACGGACCACCACGACGUAUUGAUGAAGCUGGACACAGAUCCUUUGCAGGGCGUGCUCUUGAGAAAGCCAAAGCUGGCUAUCGAUAUCAUCAGACGAAUGGCGGCACGCCAAGUCGCAACGAAGGACCGUGACCACCAAGAGGCCGAUUUCUACCGGCACUGCUCCACACGAAUUGCGAUCGACUUCGACGACCUGCCGUACUGCGAGAGAUACGAUGACUAUGACGAGCGCAAGGCACUGCUGGCUUGCCCAGACUGUUGUGAAAAGUUGAGCAAACAGACUUGGCAAGCCUUCAAGCUGAUUUCCAUUGUCUCCUAA